AGAUCGUCCAUGAUGGAAUUGUGAUCGGAAGCGCCACCACCACGGCGGUGUUGUCUCUCUGAGAAAUACUUUUUCAAUCCUCACAAUGUUAACUAGCAUGAAAUUUUGCGAUGGGUGGUUGUAUGGGCACAAGAAGGCCCGGCAUUGAAUCCACCGAGACUGUGUCAAUCGGAAAGAACCAGCCCCUGCGUCAGGAGAAACCCCGAUGGAAAAGCCAAGUGCCUCUCAUGGAGGGUGAGCUGCGUAGUAAAAGGGACGAGUUCUGGGACACAGCUCCCGCGUUUGAAGGAAGGAAAGAGAUCUGGGACGCCUUGAAAGCUGCUGCCUGUGCCGCCGAGGCUAACGAUCUUACCCUGGCCCAGGCGAUCAUCGACGGGGCAAACAUCUCGCUCCCAAAUGGUACCCUGCUGGACUGCUACGACGAGCUGGGCAACCGUUACCAACUGCCCAUGUACUGCCUGAGUGCUCCUGCCAACCUGGUAGCCGACGCCAGUGAAGAUUCCCCUUCGCCUGAGAGCGAGUGUGUGGGACAAGAGCUCCUGCUCAAAGUUCGUCUCUCGACAACUGAUGUGCCCCUCACAGUGCGUACGGGUGAGAGCAUCUGGGCAGCUAAACAACGUCUGGCAGCUCGCGAGGGGCUCGACCCAGCUCGCCAGCGCUGGUUUUUUGGGGGCAAACUGUUGGCCGAUCGUACAAAGGUGCAAGAGGCUGGUUUACAAAUGGGCUUUGUGGUCCAAGUGGCCAACAACUGAUUUUAUUUCAUCUGGGCAUGCCAAUGUUGGAAGUGGUGCGCUCGAGGUACGCGAGUGGCCCUAAGAGGGACGACUGCUGCUGUUGCUGCUGCUGUUGGCCAUUGUCGUUGAGGAGGCUCUGCCAGAAGUGGAUCUUUUCAUGGUACUUGUGAAGCAGCUGGGCCUUGCGCAUGAGCUCAUUUUUCAGCUCUGUGUUGUCCUGCAAUAAAAAAAGCGAUGCAAGUUCCCAGAGAGGGAAAAGCACACGCUUACCUCCAUGA